AAGUGUUUCUUUUUGGGUCAAACUCUCUUUGACCUAUUUUUAUCAAUCACCAGAAAAGCUUGCUUCAGAGAGAGAGAGAGAUAGAGAGAGAGUGAGCUCUGAGAAAAAUUCAGCAAUGGCUUCGAAGCUUGUAGUUAUAAUCGUCUUCAUCCUCGAUCUCAUCGCCGUUGGGUUAGCCAUUGCCGCCGAACAGAGAAGAAGUGUCGGCAAGGUUGAAACGGAUAGGGAGAAGCAAUAUGAGUACUGUGUGUAUGGCACAGACAUUGCUACAAGCUAUGGAGCUGGUGCGUUCGUUCUUCUCUUUGUAAGCCAAGUCCUUAUCAUGGUGGCUAGUCGUUGCUUCUGCUGUGGAAAGUCCCUUAACCCUGGUGGUUCAAGAGCUUGUGCCAUUCUUCUCUUCCUCAUUUGCUGGGUGUUUUUCUUGAUCGCUGAGGUAUGUUUGCUUGCGGCAUCAAUCAGAAACGCGUACCACACACAGUAUAGAAAGUUGUGGAACAUUGACAAUCCACCAAGCUGUGAAGUUAUUAGGAAAGGAGUUUUUGCUGCUGGUGCUGCUUUCACUCUCUUCACCGCCAUUGUCUCUCAGUUCUACUACGUUUGCUACUCUCGUGCUAGAGAUGCUUACCAGAACCCUUCCUACUAAAAACUGUCAACUUCUACUGCAAGCAACGUUAAAGCAUCCAAGGUUGGGGAAUCUUCUUUUGUGUUUUGUUUAGUAUCAUCCAAUGCUACUACUUAUCCAUUAGGAUGUUUAGAUUUUAUGUUGUCUCUUAAAAGGAAACGCUGAUAUGUGAUUGCUUCUUGUGGUAUUCUGAGAUCGUACAUUGUUAUGUCGUCUGUUGUAAUGUGUGAAUACUAAAAAAAAGAGUAGAAAACAUGAUUUGUGUGAUUCACUGUUUUA